AUGUCGGACGCCUACGAGCGAGAGCGCCAGAACAACUCGCGCCUCUCCGAGCUCUCUGCGAAAGUCACCGCGCUGAGGGGCGUCACAGUAGAUAUCUACGAUAAUGCAAGGGCGCAGGAUGUCAUUGAUAAUACGUCGGAAACCUUCUCUUCGAUGAGCGUUACCUUGAAGGGGUCCGCUGGCCGGCUGGGACGGAUGGCAGCGGCGGGAAACAAAGUCGCAAUUCUCAAGCUUUCGGGCAUGAUCGUCGGCGUUGUGUUAUUGCUAUGGUUCAUAUGGGGAUUAUUCGUCUGA